GUCUACCUUAGUCCAUCCUCUUUAGGCGGGGACUUCUUAUUUCGUUGAGAACCACUGUCAACAUAACAAUCUGAUGGACGGACGUCGAAAGGAUCGGGAGCAGAUUGGACUCCUCGGUGUUGACAGAAUCUGGGCCAAAUCCCCCACAAAAUUAGAAGAGACUGAUGAUGAAGAUGAGACCGUAAACAAAAAUAAGAUUAAGGCUGAUUUAUCGCCGGAGAGCAAGAAGCGAAAGAAAAAGGAGAAAAAAAAGAAGAGGAAAAAAAUGAAGAAAGAAAAAAAAUCGAAGAAAGAAAAGAAGAAACGAAAGAAGAGGAAGCGAAAAUAUUCUGACAGUUCCUCAGAAUCAGAAUCCUCAGACGAAUCGGAGACGUUGGAGUGGGUGGAGAAAGAUAAAUUAUCUGAGAAACCAAAGAGACGAAGGACAUCAUCAUCAGACGACAGUGGAGACGAUGGAAUAGUGGGCCCAAUGCAAAAGCAACAUGUGACCCUUUCAGCUAAGGACUUCGGUAAGGCCCUUCUACCUGGUGAGGGUGCAGCAAUGGCUGCCUUCGUGGCUGAGGGAAAACGAAUUCCCAGGAGAGGUGAAAUUGGUCUCACCUCCGACGAAAUUGCUUCCUACGAAUCUGUCGGUUAUGUUAUGAGUGGUAGCAGACACAGGCGAAUGGAGGCGGUGCGUAUACGUAAAGAGAAUCAGAUUUAUUCGGCUGACGAAAAGCGAGCUCUGGCCAUGUUCAGCAAAGAGGAGCGACAGAAGCGAGAAAAUCUAAUACUAGGACAGUUCCGGGAAAUGGUGACACAAAAAUUAGCUCAAGAGCAGAAAAAAUAAUUGAUCAUUUCUAAUUUGUAAAUAUGUUUGGGACAUGUUGUCUCUCUGAGAACUCGUUAUAGUUUUAGCCGACUAAUUUAUUGAUUAAAUAAUGAUUAAGAGAUUGAAGGAGAGAACUGUCAUUUGAAUUAUUGCGACGACUUGUCACGAUAACACUUAAUAAAGCCAUUUUUUAUAAA